GUCCCACAACACAGAUCACAACACACACUCGGAGACAUACACAGAACUAGCCUAACUAGCUAGAUCUAUCCAGAGGCAUACAUUAUCGAUCUCGACAUGUCGCAGGUUCGAAGCAAAGGAAUGGAUGGUGCGGCGGUGGUGGCGGCGGUCAUGGCGGCCGCCGUUGCUCUGCUGUGCUUCCAGCUGCCGGCGGUGGCCCAAGGCCAGCUGCAGGUGGGGUUCUACAACACGAGCUGCCCCAACGCCGAGUCCCUGGUGCGGCAGGCGGUGGCCAACGCCUUCGCCAACGACUCCGGCAUCGCCGCCGGCCUCAUCCGGCUCCAUUUCCACGACUGCUUCGUCAGGGGCUGCGACGCGUCGGUGCUGCUGACCUCCCCGAACAACACGGCGGAGCGCGACGCGGCGCCCAACAACCCGAGCCUCCGGGGCUUCCAGGUGAUCGACGCCGCCAAGGCCGCCGUGGAGCAGAGCUGCCCGCGCACCGUCUCCUGCGCCGACAUCGUCGCCUUCGCCGCGCGCGACAGCAUCAACCUCACCGGCAACCUCCCGUACCAGGUCCCCUCGGGUCGCCGCGACGGCAACGUCUCCACCAAUACGGACGCCGUCAACAACCUGCCGCAGCCGACGUUCAACGCGUCGCAGCUGGUGGCCAACUUCGCCGCCAAGAACCUCACCGCCGAGGAGAUGGUCAUCCUCUCCGGCGCCCACACCGUCGGCCGCUCCUUCUGCACCUCCUUCCUCACGCGCAUCUACAACCAAUCCACAUCCGCCCCGAUUGUGGACUCGGGGCUGAGCUCGGGGUACGCGGCGCUGCUGCAGGCGCUGUGCCCGUCGAACGCGAGCUCGUCGACGCCGACCACGACGGCGGUGGACCCGAGCACGCCGGCGGUGCUGGACAACAACUACUACAAGCUGCUGCCGCUUAACAUGGGGCUCUUCUUCUCCGACAACCAGCUGCGGGUCAACUCCACGCUCAACGCCUCCGUCAACAGCUUCGCCGCCAACGAGACGCUCUGGAAGGAGAAGUUCGUCGCCGCCAUGAUCAAGAUGGGCAGCAUCGAGGUGCUCACGGGGAGCCAGGGCCAGAUCAGGCUCAACUGCAGCAUCGUCAACAACGGCUCGUCGUCGGCGUCGGUGGCAGCGCCGAGGAUCGAGACGGCGAUCUACUCUGGAUCCACCGCGUACCUCGACGAGAUCGCCACGAGCUGAUCGAUCGGCAACGAUAGAUGUUGAUGUGGGCACCGUGCCUGUCCAUGUUUAGGUUAUUAUGUCUUGUGUACGUAGUACCACACGUACGUGUGUGUACGUAAGUGUGUCAUCCUACACGAAAAUUUCAUCGCAUUGUCGUCUUUUUUCUGAAGAACAGGCACGAGACUGUGCGCCAUUUCUAUUACUAAAGAAGGAGUUUACAAGCAGCCGGUUUGAGCGGGCCGCCGACCAGGGAAGAGCUUAAAAAAACAUUACACUCCAGUAUCAUCAUCGUCAUUAUGUAUCCCAUGAAUGUCGUGUAUCAUCAGUGAAUAAAUCUUGCGUUCUUAGACUCA